AUGGCUUCGGAUUACGAAUUAUGUCGGAAAGAUUCAGACUUUGUCAAAAAAUCACUAAAAGAGGCUGUUUUUUUAGUCAAUGUAGAAAAAUCUGUUUUUGAACCUACCCAAAAGUUAGAAUGGUUAGGAAUCACUUGGGAUUCUGCUCAAUUCUGCAUUUCUAUUCCCGAAAGAAGAUUAAAUGAUUUGUUACAGUCUAUAGAUGAAAUUUUAGACAUAUGUUUGUUUUUCUCUGCUAUGCAAUUAGCUCAAGUGACUGGUAAGAUCAUUUCUUUAUCACCCGUGUUCGGAAAUUUGACUAGAUUGAUGACAAGAUAUUGCUACUUGUGCAUCGUGCAAAGAUUGAGCUGGGAUAAAUUAUUACAAAUAGUUUAUCCAGCUGAGAUUUUGAAUGAGCUUAAGUUCUGGAAAACCAAUGUGAUUACUUUGAAUAAAAAGAAAUUGGCUAUGUACAGCCCUUCUUCGAUAGUAAUAUUUUCAGAUGCUAGUAGUGUAGCCUGUGGGGCUAAUACUGUAGAAUUGGAAAAUAAGAUUUUUCACAAAAUGUGGAACGAAUUAGAGAGAUGUAAAAGCUCCACCUGGAGAGAGAUGAGAGCAAUCGAACAGGCCCUUUUGUUGUUUAGUACUCUAUUUAUGGGCAAAAGUUUAAAAUGGUUUACUGAUAACCAAAAUUGUGUACGUAUAGUACAAGCUGGAAGUAUGAAGGAAGAUUUACAAAAUCUUGCCUAUUCUAUUUUUUGUAUUUGUAAAGAGCAUAAUAUAUUAAUUGAAUUACAAUGGAUUCCCCGCACAUUGAAUUCAAAGGCAGAUUACAUUAGCAAAAUGAGUGAUCAUGAGGAAUGGCAAAUUUCAAAUGAAUUUUUUGAAUUUUUAGAAAGUUUAUGGGGACCUUUUACUGUUGAUUGGGUUGCUAGCGUGAUGAAUAACAAGACAAAAAGGUUUAACUCACUUUUCUGGAAUCCGAACGCAGAAGCUGUAGAUGCGUUUACACAAAAUUGGAAUGGAGAAAAUAAUUGGCUUGUCCCCCCUAUUUAUUCAGUUAUACGCACAAUUAAACAUCUGAUUUACUGUAAGGCUAAAGGGUCUUUAAUUGUUCCAAGAUGGGUAUCUGCGCCAUUCUGGUCAUAUAUUUUUAAUAAAAACUUGACUUACAAAGCUUAUGUUAAAGAUGUGAUGUGCUAG